CUGAUGACGUCACGGGCGCGCGUGGCGAGUAAACGGAGGCGCUAACGGUCUCUUCACGCGCCGGUUCAAGACGAUUGAGUCCCUGCUUUUAAAGAGCUCGAAUUUAUUGCUAUAUGUGGCCCAUCAAAUUGUGUAUCUCGUGCCACCGACAAUUAAAAAAUGGCAUCAACAAUGGAAGCGGCAGAUAUCGUUGUUGUUUCCAUGUACUUCGUUCUUGUCCUGGCCUUCGGCUUUUUUGCGAUGUGGAAAGCGAAUCGAGGCACGGUGAGCGGAUACUUCCUUGCUGGUCGCUCCAUGAACUGGAUGAUGAUCGGCGCAUCGCUGUUCGUGAGCAACAUCGGCAGCGAGCACUUCAUCGGACUCGCUGGCUCAGGUGCAGCAAGCGGGUUUGCCGUAGGUGCCUGGGAGUUCAAUGCGAUUCUACUGCUGCAGCUGCUGGGCUGGGUCUUUAUACCCGUUUACAUCCACUCAGGUGUGUACACCAUGCCGGAGUACCUCUCCAAAAGAUUCGGCGGGAAGCGGCUGAAGGUUUUCUUCGCGUCCCUAACUCUGCUUCUUUACAUUUUCACCAAGCUCUCGGUGGAUCUAUAUUCUGGUGCGCUAUUUAUCCAGGAAUCUCUGGGCUGGAACCUGUACGUGUCUAUAAUCCUGCUCAUCACCAUGACCGCCCUUCUCACAAUAACUGGUGGCCUGGUGGCGGUUAUCUACACGGACACUCUGCAAGCGUUCCUCAUGAUAUCGGGAGCGCUGUGCCUGAUGGCUAUCAGUUUAGCUAAAGUCGGAGGUCUCGAGGGUUUGCACAACAAGUACAUGAACGCCUCUCCCAGCAUCACUGACAUCGAGCUCAAGUAUAACGUCACCUACUCAAAUUCCUGCCACGUGCAUCCUAAACCAGAUUCGUUUAAGAUCUUGAGAGGUCCUUUGGACAAAGAUCUUCCGUGGCCUGCUUUUCUUCUGGGCCAGACUCCAGCUUCAAUCUGGUAUUGGUGCGCCGAUCAGGUCAUAGUCCAGAGAGUCUUGGCAGCUCGAAAUAUUGCCCACGCUAAAGGGUCGACCCUGAUGGCGGGUGUCCUGAAAGUCCUACCAAUGUUUAUUAUUGUGAUUCCAGGGAUGAUCUCCCGUGUGCUCUUUGCUGAUGAACUUGCUUGCAUCAGUCCAGAGCACUGCAUGCAGGUCUGCAAUAGCAAAGCUGGUUGCACUAACAUCGCCUAUCCUCGCCUUGUCAUGAACAUCAUGCCUGUAGGUCUACGAGGCUUGAUGAUGGCGGUGAUGCUCGCCGCUCUCAUGAGCGACCUGGACUCAAUCUUUAACAGUGCCAGUACUAUCUUCACUCUUGAUAUCUAUAAGAUGGUACGUCGCCAGGCUUCCUCCAAAGAGCUCAUGGUGGUGGGACGCGUGUUUGUGGUCCUAAUAGUGGCCAUUAGCAUAGCCUGGGUCCCGUUCGUGGUUGAGAUGCAAGGUGGUCAGAUGUUCCUUUACAUUCAGGAGGUGUCGGAUUACCUCACACCACCCAUUGCUGCACUGUUCUUGCUUGGUGUCCUUUGGAAACGUUGCAAUGAGACUGGUGCAUUCUGGGGUGGACUUGUGGGCUUCUUGUUAGGAGCCGUAAGACUCAUUCUUGCCUUUGUUUAUAGAGAGCCAGACUGUAAAACAACCGAUGACCGCCCUGCCUUCAUCAAGGACAUUCAUUUCAUGUAUGUGGCGGCUGUGUUGUUUUGGGUUUCGGGGCUCGUGACCGUAGUCGUCAGUCUUUGCACGGAUCCACCGAGUAAGGAACAGAUUGCUACGACUACUUGGUGGGGACUGCGCAACAGAAAUCAAACUGAGAACAGCAAACUUCCUCAGCUUUCUGUAGAAACAAAAAAAGAAAAGACAGUGGAUGUAGUGGAAAAUAAACCACCAUCUCAGAUUAUUCAAACCAGAACUGAAAUACUUCCAAAUUGCCACUUGGAGUCUCAACAUACCCAAAAACAACAGGGCAGUGAUCAUUUAGACAGAGAUGAGGGACGAUGCGUGAAAUGUUUACAGUGGUUUUGGGGUUAUAAUAAAAAUGUAGAGGAUCCAGAUUCACAUUUUGAAGAUGAAAGCAGGAAUGUUAUUGAAAUGCUCAGAGAACCUCCAAAAAUCAAAAUAAUCCUGAACCUUGGUCUCUUGUUAGUAUGCACACUUGGAAUUUUUUUGUUUGUAUAUUUCUCUUUGUAAAAUGCUCAUUAUUUAUCAUUUUGCUCAAACAGGUUAUAGUGAUUUUCUUACAGAUUAUUUUAAACCUAUUAUAUAUCUACAGUGUAAUUAUGGUUGUAAUUUAUAUUUCUCAAAAGUGUUUUGCACUGCAGUAUUGCAUAAUAACUCACAUUGUAAUGCCAAGUAUUACUGAUUUUUAGUGUUGGUUGGCAAUUGUCGUUGCCAAUACUGUGCAAUAUAUAAAUAAUACCAGACAGCAUUUAUGGCCUGAUAUUGAUUACCACAACAUUUGAUCUCCAUUUCUUCUUCCACUUCUACUUUUUUAUUACUAUCAAGUCCCUACAAAAAUCUUGGUUGUGUUGAACCAUUUAACGGAACAAUAGAAUCAAAAAUUUUAGCCACCAGCCAUUUAAGUACCUUAGUGUAACCUUGAUUUUGUUAUAAGAGAACAAAUGCAUUUGAUUGAUUUUGUGUUGAACCUAGAAAAGUUUUUCUUGUUUGCUUAUAUUUUCGUAACUCAAUCAGAGUAAUUCAGGUUAAAUUUAACAGUCUGUGAGCCGACACAUUAUGGAAACAUCUCUACUCACCGCUGACCCUAUUAUUGUUUGCUAAUGCGUGUUUGUCUUUCUUUAAGGUCACUGGAAUUAUGUGGGCCAAUUAAAAACUCUUGUUCAAAUAAUAAAACAUUCAAAUAUUUAACUCUCCGACCUGAAAAAGCACAGUUGCCCAGUCCGUGUUAGCAUAGCGACUGAAAUAAAACCAUUUUGGCGUCUCUUUCUCUCGUGCUUUUGUGUUUACUUUGCUUGCGUCCUUCAUAGCUGGUGAGCUUUUAGCAGUAAGACGUGGGUAUUUCUGUAUUCAGCUCUCUGUGGUUGUCUUUCUUUGGAACCUCGUCUGUGUAGAUUUGUGGGUUGUUUGUGGUCAGUUGCAGUGAAGAAUAAAAACCACUGGAAACUGCAACAGAUACAAGGUUUUCACACAUGCAUGACGAGAGACGGUGAGGUAUCUUGGCGAUUUGUGCAAUUCAUAUAAUGAUUCAUAUAAUCCAAACUCAGUUCUUGUAUGUGACCUUACAUGACAGUUUCUUUAAUGCCUGUAGAGUUUGAUAUAAAAUACCGUACAGUUCUCUUACUCUGUGUUUGUAUAGGUUUGUUGAUUUUACAUUUUUAGACAGGUUUCCCCUGGGUACAGAGCUAGGUUUAUGAAGUUCACUUGUGUGAGAGCUAGUCAAGUUGUCUCGGGUUUGAGCUUUGGCUAAGAACAAGACAAAUGUGGUUUGGAUGUAUCAAGGCCAUGCAGCUUGUGUGAAUGUGUAUGUGUGUUUACAGGCAACUGUGAAUUCCCAGAAGAGGAAUGUACUUUGACAUCUUUAAAAUAAAUGUUUUAAUUAGCUGCAUUCCAUAUUUCUCAUUGUUAACAUAACUGGUGUUCAAAAGCUUUUUAUAAAGGCUGCUUAUAGAAUUUAAAUAAGGUGUUGACAGUCCUAGAAUGUAUGGGGAAGUACAAAGGUUUUAUUUAGAUGUAGGUUUGGGAAUCUCCACCAGUCCCCAAAUAUCCCCAGUCAAAGUUAACUUAAGGAUCACUGACCUGCUGUGAAUUUUGACAGGAGAUUUAUAGAUGGCAUUUAAUUCAAAAUGAGAGUAAAAAUAUGGUUAGAAAGUGCAGUAAACCCAUUUCGGGAGAGUAAUCUGCAUUCGACAUUUUACUGUGACGUCUCUAAUACUGUUGGAUUUCAUAAACGCUGUGCAGAAUGUAUAUUUGGUAUUAUGUAUGAGUAUUGUAUACAUCAUUCCAAAACAUUCUAUGCUUUCCCCAUUGAAUAUUUGUUACUUUUUUGUGCAAUUUGUACAGUACUUUACAGUAAAAAAUGGCCACACCUUGCAUCCUUUUGAAAUUAACUAGUAAACAUUACAGUUACAGCACAUAAUAUAUACACAUAUAUAAACACUCAUUUAAAAAAAUUGGGUUGGUAGGGGUUUUUUAUAUAUAUUUGAAAGAAAUCUCUUAUGCUCACCAGGUCUGCAUUUAUUUAAUCAAAAAUACUGUAAAAUGGCAUGUGAAUAUCUGUUAGCAUGUCAUUUAUUUUCGUGAUCUAAUCUGAAUUUUCAGCUUUAUUAAUCCAGUCUUCAGUGUCACAUGACCCUUAAGAAAUAAUUCUAAUAUACUGAUGCUCAAGAAACAUUUCUGAGAAUUGUUGCGCUGCAGAAUAUUGAUGCAAUAGAAAGUUUAAAAGAACAGCGUUAUAAAUAUCUCUUUUUCAUCAAUUUAAUGCUUCCUUAAUAA